UGACUUGGCACUAAUUUUUACGAAGAACAAUUCAAACGCUAUAUUUUCACCUAUAAAUUACCUAAAUUAAUUACAUUGAUUGAUUGAUGAUCAUAUAGGAUUGAGUUUUUUCUGAUAGCUCUGCAAAUCUUUGGCUUCCCUUCAUUUUCCGGAUUAGCCCCUUCAGGAAUCAUUUUGAUGUUUUAGGGUUGACUAUAAUGCAAUACUGUUUUGGCAUUUCUGUUGUGGAUCACUGAAGUCAACUGUUUGCGGCUUCUCCUUUUUGUGAUUCUGAAAUCUCCGAGGAGAAUGGGUUCACCUACGCGCAGCAGCUCUAACACUAGAAGAGGAAAUGAAAUGAUGAGGCUUCUUGUGACAACCAUUGUCGGAGUUGUGAUUGGUAUUUUCUUAGGCGUGUCGUUUCCUACUCUUUCAUUGACCAAGCUGAACUUACCUUCUAAUCUUUUUGGGUUAAUUAAUCUCACUUACAUUGAGGAGAAGUAUUCAGGCCUCUCAACACAAGAUCUAUUAAAUGUCUUGUCUUCCCUUAAGAGAUACAGAGGCCAUUCACACGGCCACAAGCAUUCCGACACAAAGAUUUGGGUUCCAUCAAACCCUCGAGGUGCUGAGAGGCUACCAGCGGAUAUCGUUGCAUCUGAGUCUGAUCUUUAUGCUCGAAGAUUGUGGGGCCUACCCCAUGAGGACUUGAUUAUCAAACCUAGGUAUCUUGUUUGCUUUACAGUUGGCUACGAGCAGAAAAAUAACAUAGACGUGGCAGUGAAAAAGUUUUCACAGAAUUUUACCUUCAUGUUGUUUCACUAUGAUGGUCGAACAAGUGAAUGGGAUGACCUUGAGUGGUCAAAGCGAGCUAUCCAUGUUAGUACACGAAAGCAAACUAAAUGGUGGUAUGCAAAACGCUUUCUGCAUCCGGACAUUAUAGCACCUUAUGACUAUAUAUUUAUCUGGGAUGAAGACUUGGGGCUUGAGAAUUUUGACGCAGAGGAAUAUAUAAAGUUGGUGAAGCAACAUGGGUUGGAUAUUUCACAGCCUGGUGUAGCAUCAAAUAGUGAGUUGUCAUGGUGGAUGACAAAAAGACGAAAUGACACUGACGUCCACAAGGAAACAGAGGAAAGACCUGGCUGGUGCACUGAUCCACACUUGCCACCAUGUUCAGGAUUUGUGGAGAUCAUGGCACCUGUUUUCUCUAGAGAUGCAUGGCGGUGUGUUUGGUAUAUGAUCCAGAAUGAUUUGGUCCAUGGAUGGGGUCUCGAUUUAGCUCUCAGGAAAUGUGUAGAACCAGCCCACGAAAAGAUAGGAGUGGUAGAUUCUCAGUGGAUUGUUCAUCAAACUGUCCCUUCACUCGGGAACCAGGGACAAGCAGAGAAGGGCAAAGCACCAUGGCAAGGGGUAAGAGCAAGGUGUGAGAGAGAGUGGGCACUGUUCAAGGAGCGUAUGUCUGGUGCAGAGAAAGAUUAUUACUACAAAGCAAAGGGAAUCGAUCCCCCUAAUUCUACAUCUCAUUAGGUGCCAUCCCGUUGCUGGACAAUAUUAUACUAGAUACAAUUGAGUGAGCUGUUGAAAAUACAUUAUCAUGCAACAGUGAUUUUGUGACGGAAGAUUUAAUUUCGUAAUAUUUUACAAAUUUGAUAUAAGUUUAUAGGAGAUUUUAAUUUUUUCACAUAUAAAAGAUAUGAAAAAUAUUAUUUUCUUCUAUAUAAUUUGUAAAUAACUAUACCUUUGUAACAGUCUAAAAACAAUGAAUAAAUUAACAAGGUCAUUACC